AUGAGUUCUAAAAGUUCAAAACCUACCACACCUGUCGAACCUGCAAAAGCUCCUCGACCUCUGAGGACGUCGGGCGAGAUUUUGGCGGAAGCCCGCAAGCUUCGGCAGAGAGCUGAUACUUUGAGAUGGAGGCUUGCUAUUGAAUUUGGAGAUAUACCAGAGGCUGUUCUCCCGCCGGCUCCUGGUUCUUCUUCUGCUGCAACUCCGGCGGCAACAGCAUCUUCUUCAGGGACACCGUCUUCUUCUUCAGCAGCGGCAUCUCCAGCGGAUCCAUUUUCUUUCACAACAUCCCGUCCAAAGCUAUUCUCCUUGUCAGACAUAACCCCCGAUGUCCCCCUCCACCCACGCACCAACAUGCCUCUCACACCCUUCACCCCCAACCCUCCGGAAGUUCUCAUCCCCUUCCACCUCAUGGACGACACCAUCUAUCACCGUCCACCAAUCUCACACGUCCCCGCCAUCGAACCCUUGAACGCCAGAACAUUAAUUGGCGGUUCACCAGACUGCUGGACCAGACGGCUCUCAGGACUGCUUCAGCAAAAUCAUUUUCUCGAUUUCACCGAAAACACUGCGCAUUACCGCAUGGAUUCAGGGAUGGGAAAGGGAGAAGAAGAAAAGGGUAAGGAGGGUGAUUGUGAUGGUGAGAGGUGGGUGGUUAGAUUUGAGGCGAACGGGCUAAAGACGGGGAAUGGGUACUUGGAGACUUACUUGAGGGUUACUUGGUCGGGAGAGACGGAGAAAGAGGCGAGGGAGAUGGCUGCGAAGGGGUUUUUGCAUUGUUGUAUGGAGGGGUGGGAGAGAAUGCGGAGGAUUUGA